AUGUCAUACUUACACAAAACUUUGGUGGUUUCAGAUGCCCAUCUUCCGCAAAAUUACUCGAUGCGUCUUAAAACGAGACCAGAAUGGUUUUCAACAAAAACAGAAGUCAAAUGUGACCCUCUUCGUUUCCAUCCUCCCAAGUUUGUCAUUGUAUCACAUACAGUCACAACAAGUUGUAAGAAGCAAAUCAACUGUGAAAACGUAGUGAAAGAGAUACAGGUGUAUCAUAUUGAAAAAAAGGGUUUUUGUGAUAUUGCUUACCACUUUCUCAUUGGUGGAGACGGAUAUAUUUAUGAGGGCAGAGGUUGGGGAAUGAAUGGCGCCCACACUUACGGAUUUAAUUGCGGCAGUAUUGGAAUUGCGUUUUUGGGAAAUUUUGACGUGCAAUAUCUUAGUCCGGAAAUGGAAGAAGCAUUCCACAUGAUCAUUGAAGAAGGAUUGAAACUCGGUGAAAUAGCUGAGGACUAUAAGCUUUUCGGACAUUUACAACUCAGAAAUGGUUCUGAAAGUCCUGGUGUUCAUGUGAUGGAAAAAAUUAAAAAAUGGAAACAUUGGUCUGAACCAAAAACAAAGGAUCCUAUUUCUGGUGAUGGCUAUAUUUAUGAGGGCAGAGGUUGGGGAAAAUAUGGUGACCACACCUAUGGCUUCGACUGUGAUAGUAUUGGAAUCGCAUUUUUGGGAAAUUACGACUUGCAACAUUUGACUCCUAAAAUGAUAUCAUCCUUUCAAUUGCUGGUAGAAGAAGGAUUGGAGAUGGGGGAAAUUGCUCAGGAUUACAAACUUUUUGGCCAUUCUCAAGUAAGAGAAUCUAAAGGUCCUGAUCUUCAACCAUCUCUUAAUUUUUCAUUGAGCCUCCGUUCAAGAAAACAAUGGUCACAGUCAAAACAAAAACGAGUUUGCGAUGAUCUGAAAAUACAUCCAGCCAAGUAUGUUGUCCUCAGUCACACGGUUACUUCAAUGUGCACCAAUCCUAUCAGUUGCCAAACUACAGUAAUUAUGAUUCAGAGCGAUCAUAUCAGACAAGGUUUCUGUGAUAUCGGAUACAACUUUCUCAUAGGAGGUGACGAUUACAUUUAUGAAGGCCUAGGUUGGGGAAAAUAUGGAGCUCAUACUUACGGUUUCAAUUGUGAUAGCAUUGGCAUUGCCUUCAUUGGAAACUUCAAUUUAGACUAUCCCACUGACAAAAUGAUCCAAUUGUAUAAUUUGAUAAUCGAGGAAGGUUUAAGAUUGAAUCAACUGGCUCGGGACUACAAGCUGAUUGCUCAAAAACAAGUAAAUUCAUUUGCUAGCCCAGGCAUUCAUAUUGAAGAAGUGAUGACGAAAUGGGACCAUUGGUCUUUAGUGACUCCCGAUGAUUAUUUAUGCAAACCUGUAGCAAACUGAAUACUCCUAGAAUUCUCAAUUUUACUGAGGCCCUUCAAACAAGACAGCAGUGGUCUAAAUCCAACUCAGAAACACCUUGCCAACUGUCCAUCGAUCGCCCAGCAAAAUACAUCGUCAUUGGCCAUACUGUUACAUUACCAUGCCGUAGUCGACUUGCUUGUGAAACUACAGUUACACUAAUACAAAAUGAUCACAAAGGUCGUGGUCGGUGCGAUAUUUCUUAUAAUUUUGUGAUUGGUGAUGACGGCUACAUUUACGAAGGACGGGGGUGGACUAAACUUGGUACAAAAACUAUAAGUUUCAGUUGCUCCAGCCUUGGUAUUGGAUUGGUUGGAAACUUCAACCUGAACGAACCAUCAGACAUAAUGAUAAACUCAUUGAACCUUCUGCUGGAAGAAGGUGUCCGUUUAGGUCACAUUUCCUCAACUUAUAAACUCUUAGCUCAUUCACAAAUAACCAACUGGGCUAGCCCCGGAAUUCAUGUUGAAGAAUUAAUAAAGAAGUGGGAUCAUUGGUCUUUAUUGACUAAAGAAGACUUUAAAUGUCCAAAUAACUUAGAUAUAUAAUUGGACUAUGUAGAACUAUUGAAUACUUUUCAAUAAAACUUGCAGAGUUAAGAAGAACAAGGUAAGAGUUUUAGAGAACUAAUUUUUCUCAGAGAAAUUAUAAGGCAAUUCAUUGCAUGGCAACAAGAAUAAAUUAAUCUUGUAUUAUUUGUUGUAUAAUAAUAAUUGAUUGAUAUUACUUGACUCUUUAUAAACUAUGACAGAAAUAUUAUAAUUUCAUUUGUCAUAAAUCAUGUCAUAACUUUAUUCUCUGGAUUCUGAAUUUAAGUAAUAUAACAAGAUCAGAUUAAACCUGAAAAAAAAAAAUUGAAGCAGCAUACAAUUGAUACUAGUUUAUAGUUUUUAAAAAUUAUAGAAAUUAUAUUUUUUAUCCAGCAUUCUAUUAAAACUUAAAUUUGUGUGUGUUUUUAUAGCUUUAAUAUGACAAAUUAAUGAAAUGCUUUUGGUAAAAAAAAGAUCAUAGUGAUAUGUGUUACUGUAAUUAUUUGCUAUGGAUAAGAAUUAAGUAUACAUAUGGUUACAAUUGGCAGUAAAUAGUACAAGAUUAGGAUGAAAAGAGUCAAAUGACACAGUAAGAAUUCACUUUUAAGUGUGUUUUUAAUUUAUAGUUGGUAGAAAUGUAUUGAAAAGGAAAUACUCUAUUAAAAAAAUUGCUCAAACUGGCACAUGAAUUAUAUACAUUUAUGGAAACUGUUUGAUAAAGUUCUAUAUUAGAGUAAAAAUAUUUUCUCAUGUGAUGUAAAAAUUGUACAAAUAUUUUAAUGUUUAUAGUGAUAAAGAAACCUACAAAAAUAAUUUGUAAACAAACUUACCAUAAGUUGUAGAAUGAUAUUUAAAUUUCCGAAUAGUAAUUAAUAUAUGAGAAGAUAGACUGUGAUAGUGUGUGUAAUCAGGGGCAGAUAUAGUAUUAGUUUUUAUCUCAAGAGGAGAGAAGGGGUAAUAAAUAUCUAGUUAACAACAGAAUUUGGGAAAAAUAUUUCCUUGUCAAUUUUUAUUUUCAUUAUAAUCAAUGUUUUAAGUAAACCAUGCAGACUGGCAAUGGCCUGUAGAUGUACAGGACAACAACAAAGAUAUUAAAAUAAAGAUAAAAAAAAAAAAGUAAAAUAAAAAUAGUAAAAUUUUUAUUUGAUAUCUUUGUUAACCUAAAUGGUUUGACUGAAACAUUAGUUAGUCUAAUCAUUUUUUUUAAUAAUAUCUCAAGUACAAUUAAGAAAUUUAAAAAAUCACAAUAUGAGUAAGAAAAUAAUAUUUCUGUUUCAUUAAAGUUAGUGAUUUAAAAGUGGUUGUUUUACUGAGAAUUAGUAAUAUUUUGUAAGUUUUGUUAUAAUUAUAGGUUAUAAUUGUAAAUUAUAUCAAUAAAUUUUUAUAAAAUCUUACAGUCUUAAACUUCCUUGACUCAGUAAUUCUAUAUUAAUUACCUUAAAUUUUAUCACAUACAAAUUCAUACAACUAAUGCAGUAAAAGACUGACUAAUAAAAUAAUACUUAUUUUCAUUAUUAUUUACAAAAUUUCAGUUUACUUGAAUUAUAGUAAAUUUAAUAAUGUAGAUUUUUUUGUAACCAUUACAGAUGUCAUAUACUCACUGAACUACACAUUGAAACUUAGGACAAGAUAUAAUUGGUCCCAGUUCAGAACUAAACUCCAAGAUUGUGACCCCCUCACUGUACGUCCAGCUAAAUUUGUGGUAGUGGGUCAUACAGUCUCCGGAAAUUGUGAAACUCCGGCAGAAUGUGAAAGGAUAAUGACUACCAUUCAAAGCUAUCACAUUAGGAAAGGCUUUUGUGACAUCGGCUACAACUUCCUGAUUGGGGAUGAUGGUUACAUUUACGAAGGAAGGGGUUGGGGUAUCUAUGGCGCCCAUACCAUAGGCUUUAACUGUGAUAGCGUUGGCAUUGGUUUAAUUGGUAAUUUCAACAAGAAUAUCCCAUCCUCUGAUAUGUUUGACAUGUUAAAACUUCUUAUAGAGGAAGGUUUGAGAAUAAAUGAAAUCUCAAAACAGUACAAACUACUAUUCCAGUCACAGAUUAACGAAAAGCCUAGCCCUGGAGGUAAUGUUGAAAAAGUGCUGAAGAAUUGGGACCAUUGGUCCAAUGUAACAACAGAAGAUAGGCAGAUAUGUAAAAAGAAAUCUAUCCCCUGAAUCUUUACAACAAAUUUUGUGGAAUCAGAAAAAUGAGAUUCCUCAAAUUAUUUGUACACAUUAUUGUAUGUGUUAUAUUCUAAAUCAGAUAUUAGAAUUUAUUUUUAUUGUUAAUUUGAUUUAGCUAUUUCGCUUAUUGUUAAGUAUUUGUUAAUAUAUUUGUUAUAUAUUUUAAUAAUUUAUAUAUUUGUUAUAAAUAUUUUACUAUGUAUAUGUAGGUAUGAAAUAUGUACAUUUUUUUUGUAUUGUAUUAUUAUAAAUAUUUGUAAAAUUUUCUAGUCUUUUUACUUGUUUUAAAAAUUAAAGUUUUCACCAAAGAAACAUUUUUCCAGCAUUAUUACCAGCCAAGUCAGUCUUUUUUUUUUCCAAAUUAAAAUUUUUUAAUUUUUCAUACAUUCAUACUUAAUAAGACAAUUAGUGAUUAGACUUAUUAAAAUUCAUGUAAUGAUGGCAUGUUUUAAUUUCAAUUCUUUUAGUUUGUGAAAUAAUAUAGAUGUGUUAGAGAGAA